AUGACGAACUCGCUGGAAGAUUUAACAGGUUCCUCCCCGAAUAAGGAUCCUGUGCCUGAAGUGGCGUUCCCCGAGUUGACGCCUCGCAGUUUUGCAAAAGCCGACGAGGGCACGCCCGCAUCCAUGGAGCUCUCGACUAGUCUUUCUCAGGACUGUCUGGGUUACAUCGAAAUUAUCGGCCUAGCGAAGGCGAACGAUGGACAAUUCGUCACACUGAGGAUCCCUCGAGAGGUGCCGGACCCGCUCUCGAUCGACGAGAAUUAUUGGGAUAGUGACGGUCUCCCAAUCGGCGACCCCCGCAAACGCGAUAGGAACACACUGCCGUGGUCAGGCUCGGAGAUCACGCUGAAGUUGAAGAUGGGGGAGCUCAUCGGCGCAGGGAGCUCCGGGUGGGUAUACGCAGUCGAGGUCAUCUCAUCCCAUCCUGGGUGUAGUUUCUCCACACCACCCCUCGUGGUCAAGGUCGCAAAACAGACGGGAGGCCGCCGGAUUUCGGAGGAGGCUGAGGCGUACGACCAACUACGCGGCGCACAGGGCACGGCUACGGGCAUCUGUUAUGGGUACUUCCGCCGGUCGGUCAAUUUGCAGGAGCUCAGCAUCCUGCCCUGGGACCCAGAAUGCACCUUCCCGAGGUCGAAAGAGACGUUCGAUGUGCACGAUAUGCCUAACCCCUGCGCCAGUCUUAGCGUCCUGCUCUUGCAGAGGCUGGGUAAAUCCUUGCAGGACACCGUCGACCCGAGCAGAUCGGAUUCGCUGAGGAACAUACCACCGGAAGUACUGCGCGAGCAGCUUUUGGAAAUGUGUCGGGGCUUGUUCCCGCCGUUCGACUUGGUUCACCUAGACAUAAGGCCGGAAAACAUCCUACGAGCAUCUUUGACCGCUCCUGCACUCACGUCAUCUUCCGACACAUCCAACCCGGCUAACCCGUGGCGCCUCGUGGACUGGGAGAAGGUUGAGAAGCUGAGGCUGCCCUUGGAAUGUUCCGACCCUUUCAGCAUAUACAGCCACGCCAUCCAGGACAUGCUGGACGACGUUCAGAGUUCAUCAGAUCACACGUUGGAGGUUACACGAGCACGCCCUGAAGUGCCAUCCUUUCCCCCGGGACCAGUCUACUACGACCCUGACGACCCCGCAACCCACCAUUUCAUUGUCGACUCAGAAGAGGACGCUGACAUCGACUGGGGCGCAUACAAACCUAGCACUGGCACGGCCGAGCCCGUUCGGGCUGAAGUGCCAUCCUCGCAAGGGCCGGGAAUCCGUCUUGAGCUGCGGAUUGGCAAGAGGAUGCACGCAGGGCGGUACACUUGGGUGUACGAUGUGCAUGUCAUCUCCCCCCGCAUCGACAUCCCCCCGCUCGUUGCAAAGAUCGCGCGGGAGAGGAGCGGCCGGCGGCUUUCCGUGGAGGCCGGUGCGUACGAGGUGCUGCAGAGCCUGCAGGGUGCCAUCCUGCCCCGCUGCUAUGGGUACUUCCGGGGCUUCGUCAAUUUGCAAGAGAUGAUCGUCGUCCCCUGGAAUCCUCGAUGCAAGCUGCCAAGGUCCGCGGAGGACCUUGACAUCUACGAUAUGCCGAACGCUUCCGCAAGUCUGAAUAUUCUGCUGCUGGAGAAGCUCGGCCGCCCGCUGUCUAUGUUCAGAGCUGGCGACGUCGCACCUGGCCUACAAGCGGAGCUGGUCACAAUGUGGAUGGCCGCUUCAGACCUCGGGAUCAUACACCACGGCAUCGGAGCUUCCGACAUCCUUGAGGCCUCCUUCGACGCUACUAGGUCCCCUGGUACUGCUCAAGAUACGCCACAUCUCAGUCGGUGGCGUCUGAUCGACUGGGAGGACUUCGAUAUAUCGUAUGGCUACACCCGUCAAGGAAGGGUGCACGAUUUCGAAUCGCGUGCCGAACAUCUGAUUGAAAACGAACUCAUAGAAGAGCUCGAGAUGGAAACUGGAGAACAGGACUCCGAGGACGAGUGGGAGUUGGAGCUUGAUUCUGAAGACUCAUGCGAUGUAGACACCAUAGAUGAUGCAGACGACUGA